AACAUAUUUGACAGGACGAAGUCAGGCAGAGCCCGCAGUCCAGCCCCAGUCUUCAGUCAGGCACAGACUCCCCCAGCCCCAUCUCCUGCUCUCCCUUUUGGACGUUUUGGUCGGUGUUGAAGCACAGCAAAUAAGCAGCCAUGGAUGCCAUCAAGAAGAAGAUGCAGAUGCUCAAGCUCGACAAGGAGAAUGCCUUGGACAGAGCUGAGCAGGCCGAGUCAGACAAGAAAGCAGCGGAGGACAGAAGCAAACAGUUAGAGGACGAAAUGAGAGAAUUGGAAAAGAAAUUGCGUGUUACAGAGGACGAAAGAGAUAAAGUUUUUGAGGAGUUCCAAACUGCUGAGGAAAAACUGUUGACUGCUGAGGAGACCGCUACCAAGGCUGAGGCAGAUGUCGCUUCCCUUAACAGACGUAUCCAGCUGGUUGAGGAGGAGUUGGAUCGGGCUCAGGAGCGUCUGGCCACAGCCCUGCAGAAGCUGGAGGAGGCUGAGAAGGCUGCAGAUGAGAGCGAGAGAGGCAUGAAGGUCAUUGAGAACAGGGCCAUGAAGGAUGAGGAGAAGAUGGAGAUCCAGGAGAUCCAGCUGAAAGAGGCCAAACACAUUGCUGAGGAGGCAGAUCGCAAAUAUGAGGAGGUUGCACGUAAACUGGUCAUCAUUGAGAGUGACCUGGAACGUACAGAGGAGCGCGCUGAGCUCUCAGAAAGCAAAUGCUCUGAACUUGAGGAAGAGUUGAAAACUGUGACCAACAACCUGAAGUCACUGGAGGCCCAGGCAGAGAAGUACUCACAGAAGGAAGACAAGUAUGAGGAGGAGAUCAAGGUUCUCACCGACAAGCUGAAGGAGGCUGAAACUCGUGCUGAGUUCGCUGAGAGAUCAGUAGCCAAGCUUGAGAAGACCAUUGAUGACUUGGAAGAUGAGUUGUACUCCCAGAAACUGAAGUACAAAGCCAUCAGCGAGGAGCUGGACCAUGCCCUCAACGACAUGACUUCCAUGUAAUUUAUGCCUUUUGACACCUGCUUGUUUUACUGUCACGCUCCUCACCCAUUUACCUCUUUGUCCAACUGCCUGUUCAACUUUGUCUCCAUAUCAUGUUCAUCCACUGGAGUUGUUCUAUCUGAUUUAGCUCAUCUUUAUUUUUAAGUUCAAGUGCUAAAACAGAUAUUUCCCAACUUUAUCUGUGUGUGAUUUGAGUCAGUUUGCAACAAUUCCGACUCAAAAUGGUCUGCCUUUAUAAAUCUUUAUAAUCUUUAUAAUAUAAAGAUUAGUCUUCAGUCUUGUUUAAUGUAAACAAGACUGAAGUAACUCUAUGCAUGGACAGAAAAAAGCAAGAACCAGAAAAAUACAUUUAAUCUUUUACAUUAAAUUUAAUCUUGUACUUUUCCAAAAAGCCUAAUUCUUAAUAUGUUUAGUUAAUAUUACAGAGUUUCCAGGCUGCUUACCGAAACUAUACAGAGAAGGCAUUUUAACGGCUCUGGUUGAUGGUUCUGCUUUGUUUACGUAUUUUACUAAUAUGGCCUACUUCUGUCUAGAAGAAAGGCCUCAUGUAUGUCCAUGAUUUUGUUCUUCAUCCUGUCACUGUACCAGCCCAAGGUUAGUUGUGUCAGUGUUUAGCAACACAGUGGCUGAGCCAUCAGCCUUCAGUUUUGCUAAGUCAAUGGGAUCGUUUGUAUUAGUUUUGAAGUGGGUUUGUGUGGAGUAUGUACAAGUAGUUUCUUACCUUCCAGACCUUAAACCUGGAAUGUUUGACUUCAAAUGAAACACAGUGAUUAAACUGAUAGCUCAGUUAAGAUUAGUGUGACUCUGCCCUUCUAUGUGUAGAAUACUCACUGCUUAUAAAUACUCUGCAUAACUCCACUUCAAAAAAAAGUCACUAGCUCAUUCUGAUGAAUGAAAAACAUCAGGUUUGUUUUGCUGUCCAGCUGUACAAACAAUGCAUUUUAUUGUGCAUUGUGUGUUUUCUGUAAUGCGUCAGUGUGACUCUUCAGGUUCUGGUGUGUUGUGGUUUAUUGCGGUAGGGCCAAACACCAACCUUCUUGGGUUCAAUGUGCUUCUCUUCUUCCACACAGAUAAAUUGUUUACAUCUCAUCAAAGAUGCCUCCUUCUGCCCGAGCAGAACCUGUCUGCUCUCUCCAGACUGCUCUCCGUUGUCCUUUUCCUCCCUGUCUUUGCUUUUCUUUCCUCAUCAUAUUGUCAAGUCCGUUGCGCCCCAUCACUUGUACAGAACCCUAGAAUUUCCCUGCACUGUUAAAAAUAAACAUCCUUCCUUCUA